AUGGUUCGGGUAACCCUAGUAUGCCUUAAAGCCUUAGGGGCCCUAUUACUUCUUGGUCACGACUCGAUCGAUGUAAGAAUCGAAGUGACGCUCCUCGUCCGGUCACGUAGCCCGCUGCGGUGGAGGCACGAGGCUCGUAGUCAGCAGUUUACGCCAGUUGCGUCAAUUGCAGCGACCGAUAUGCGAUCUUUCGCUGAAUCAGCUUUUAGGGCCGUGUGCACUGUUUUGUGGAAGAUGGAUCAGCCUCUGAGUCAAGAGGACAUAGCAGCUAUGGAGGGGCAGCUAAAGAGCUCCGUAGAGGAAGACAGAAGAUACUGGAGAGUGAACAAUGUGAAGUGCGACGCUAUAUACACGGCCAAGACUUACGAAGAGUUCGCGGAUCGUGUAGCAGCAGCUCACCUGCAACCACUGGGGAGGGAUGAUUUCAAGAAGAACGCUGUGAAGUCAUGGAACCAGUGCGCGUCAAAAGAAAAGGACAUUAAAGAAUAAAAAUACCCGAAU